GUGGAGGAGGGGUUUGAGGCUGAGGGAGCCUCUGACCACAGCACAGCGCACCAGUAACCUUGUCUGAUGUGAUCAUUAACCUUUCUGGAAAAUGCAGCUGGCAGUCCUCUGAGGUUUGUCAUUAGAAUGUGAGGAGAGCCACACAGAUAUUGCACAGACUAUUUACAGAUUGUUUGGUUUACUUUAAGAGCUAUUACUGCACUUGCCUGUGGCAGGAAAAUGAGAUUUCAACAAUUUUUGUGUGUGUUUUUAAUUUUUGUGAUGAGUCUUCUCCUAAUCAACGGACAGAGACCAGCUAAUUUGGCCCUGAGAAGAAAACUGCACAGACAUAACUGUCUUCAGAGGAGAUGUAUGCCUCUCCAUUCCCGAGUCCCGUUCCCCUAAGAUAUAGAACUCUGCAGCUGAUUUCAUUAGGUGUACCAGAAGAGAGUGAAGGAGAGAUCUCAACCACCCAAAAGAACUUCACUGUGGCAAUAGGGGGAUUGGUUACACUUCAUCAGACAAAAAGGAAUUGUUUGAAAGUACCGGAAUGGUAUUUUAGUUCAUAGGACUGCCUUCUUCCUGGUUAUUCAUUUGCCUGCGUAACAAAAAUCACUCAUCUUUUUUCUGCAAUUAUUCUUAUAUUGAUUAAAAAGAAAAAUAUCUUUUAAUAUCUUAGAACACUCUAUCAGUAAAAAGUGCAAGAAUUUAAAAUAUUUUUUAUAUUCCUAUAAUCUCCAAAAGUGUGUUGUAUAUGUUUAAUUCUUAAAAUAAAUGCUAAAUUGGUGAAA